AAAAAUACGAAAUUUGCAAUGUGACACUCUGCAUAACACGCAUUUUCGGCAUAGUCCGAAAGAACGUAAUUUGCCGUGUCCAAGACACUCUGUAUAACAUGGCCCUAAACGAGUCGAGGAUGAGCGGACAAAUUCUCAUAACGAAAGCAUCGUCUGCGACUGUAAGACACGCUCUUCCGCGAUUAAAUUGCUCAGCAAUUUAAUUAGUUUUAAUUUAAGAUUCUCGGAAGACUCUUCCGCGGUUGAAAAUGUUCGCUUGGAGAAUACAAAACAAAUUUCACGCUUCAUGACAGUUCAUAAUAAUGUAAACUGAACUGUCAGUUCAUGUUGUCGUCAAGUUCAUGAUAGUGUAAAUAAGUCCAUAUACUUCAAAUUUUAGUCAUUACCAGUGUGAGAAAUUUAUUUUUAAGGGUUACAUUCGAAAUUUUUCUCCUUAAAUGAGCUAAUUUAUUAAUAAUAAAAUCAUAUUCAUUAAAAAAUAUUUGUAUGUGCAAAACCGCCUAAACGCGACAGUGUAAAUGUGCUAUGAAUAAGGUUUUAUUAAAAACCGCCUCUUGUGUAUAGAAAUGCUAGAUGUAGCAAUUUAAAUGUUCGAUUUAUACGUGUAUUAUUGUGAAUGAUAUAUAUGAUUGUGAAGGGUGCAGUUCAUUUUUCAUUCAGUGGUAGCAUUUUAAGAGCGUCUGUUAGAACUUAGAACAAAUAAGUUUAUGCAUUUGGUUUUAGUUUUUUCAUGAAUAUUUCAUAGAAGUAGGAUUUUUGACGAUAUGACAACAGAAAGUGAUAUUUUAGAAUCAAUAGAGGCAUGCCGCACAUGUGGUAUUUUCUACAUAACUUCUUCAAAUUUCUUGAAACCAAUUUUUUCAACUCCUGUCGCUGAUCCUGAAAUGUGUCAAAUUCGACACGAAUUUUCUACAUGGAAAUUAGAGAUAAAUGAAAAUGAUGGAUAUCCACAAUAUAUAUGCAACUGUUGUAUACAUCAGUUUCAAAAAGUGCUUCAGUUCCGACGAAGUUGCUUAAACGUACAGGGACAGUUCCGAGAAUUUUUUAACUUGCGUCAACAAAAUCCUAUUCAAAUUAAAACUGAAAUAAUAGAUCCAGAUGAUGAUUUAUCUAGCAAGCAUUUCAUUUAUGUCGAUGAUUUAAGCGAUAAUGAAUAUGAUGGGACACCCUUUCAUAUACCACAUAUGCCUAUAAAAGAAGAAGUAAUUGAAGCAGCAAAUGUGCCAAAUGAAAUGCAACCAAUUAAAAUCGAACCAAAUUGCUCUGAUGUACUCAUUACUCCUAAUUCCUCUUUGGAAACACAAUCAUUUAUACAAAAUAUUGAUUCUCUUAAAAUAAUUGACGAUUUAACACAUGGAGUUGUUAAUAUUAAAAAUGACCUAGUCUUAAUGAACAUUAAAGGCGAACCAAAAGAAAAUGUUUUCGAAAAUGAAAUGAAUAGUGUUUUAAAUACAGCUCUUAUAGAUAAUAAAGUACAAUGCGCAAUUUGCCUACAUAAAUCAGAAAAUCAAACUGAACAUAAACAUCACAUGGAACACAUUCACGAAACGAAAAACUAUGACUGUCAUUUAUGUGGUAAGAAACUUAUUAAUUGUACAUUAAAGAGAUAUCAAUAUCAUUUAAAAUGGCAUAAAAUCGGAAAACAUAUAAAAUGCGCCCAAUGUGGUUUUUUCUGUACCUCAAAAGCUGCAUUAAAUGAACACACUCGCGCUAUACAUUCAAAAGUAUCAUGCAAACUCUGUGGAAAAUCUGUUUUCCCCAAAAAAUUGAAUGCGCAUAUGAAAGAAAUGCACAGUAUGGAAUCUAUAAAGUGCAUAAAGUGUAAUAUGGCAUUUGCAACGGAAAGUGAGCGAGAUCUACAUAUUUGGAAAAUUCAUGCUUCAGAAUCCAAUAACAGUUAUAAAGACAUCAAUUUGCAUUCUAUUCAAUCAGAUUUACAAAAUUUAAAAAAUUAUACAAUAGAUGUUCCAAGUGUCUCUGAAGAACAAAUCGGACCGCAAAUAAAUAUCACACAAUUCACCGAUAUGGAAACAAGUGUCAGCAACGUAUUAAUAGAGGACACAGUUCUAACAACAUCGGAACAUAAUGCAUUAUUUUUCAGUAAUGACGAAGCUUCAAAAGUUUCUUAUUGUACUCAAUUAACUGACGGCGACGACAACUCAUCGGAUACUACUUACGCUAGUGAAGGUGAUAAUAUCGGAUCAGUAGCUCAUCAGUUUGUUUGUGCACUUUGUGCUAAUACGUUUGAGACUGUUGAAGAAUUGUACAGUCAUAACUUAGAUCAUAAAAAUGACAGCACAUUUAGUUGUCAAAUAUGCGGAGAAAAGUUUUUCUUGAAAUUCUCUCUUAAUAGACACUUGAAGAAACAUGACGUAUCCUUUUAAAUUAGAUUUACCAUUUGCUAUUACAUACAUGUUUAUGUAUAUAUACAUAUGUUUGAGUUAUAAAGCUCUGGCUUACCAUUUGCAAUGUACUUUUAGUAAAAGACAAUAGUAUUAAAAUAUAAAUAAAUUAAUUUUGCUAAAAAUUGCUGGUGCUUGAUAAGCAUCAUCGAUAUUAUUACAUAAUGUUUCAUACUGUAUUUAAAUGAAUAUUGAUUAUUUAAUGUAUCUAUUGAUCUUAUUCCAGACUUUUAAUUUCGAAUAUAAAAUUUGCAAAAUGCAUACAUUAACUAAAUUAAUAAUAAUUUUGUUUUAAAAAUUUUUUAAUUUUUAGUUAUUUAAAAAAAGUUACUUUCGGCUACAGAUGAAUGCAAAUGAAAAUAUAUUGAAAAAAUUAAUAAAAAAACAAU